AUGUGGACCCCGGCCGACCAGACCUCUCAGAAUCCCGACGGGGAAGACUUAAACGCCAUAGUUUCCGCGCAGCUUCGUGAUCUCAUGGACGCCCUUGCACUCGAUUCGGACCAUGAAUUUUCCUAUAAACUUCAAAUCGAAGAAGCUCUCGACGCAUCACUCGCUUCCUCUGCCUCUUCCUUCACUCCUCUGCCAGAAUUUCAAGAACUCGAAGGGAAUGAUAUCACGACAAUCGGUACGCUCUACUCCGGUGAACUCGGGGAAUGCGAUCAAAUAUUCCAAGAAUGGCUGCAAUCGGCGUUCGACACGCGCAGGACUCACGAUUCCGGGGAGAUUCUAAAUAUUCCCGAUGGUGACUUGAGUGAGCGCGAAUAUAGUAUUGGGAAAUCCUUCGGGGAGGGAUCCUCGAAGAGCGAGGAGAAUCAGGGCGUUUCUAGCCUCUAUUUCAAGGGUCUUGUAAGUGAGGAAGGGAUUGGAAUUGGUGUUUCGAUUUGUAAUCCAAAGAAUGAAUUAGUCUUCGAGGUUAAAAGACGUCUUGUAGGAAACGAAAGGUGA